AUGAAGAUAAUAAUAAUACCCACAAUAUCUGUUUUCUCUGUCCGCUGCAGUCCGUUCUACGGUGAGGACUUUUAUUGUGAAAUCCCGCGCAGUUUCCGCCAUCUGUCCUUCUACAUCUUUGACAGAGACGUGUUCAGGAGGGACUCCAGCAUUGGUAAAGUGGCCGUGAAGAAGGAAGACCUGCAGAAAUACCACGGUAAAGACCACUGGUUCCCGCUGCAGCCGGUGUGUGCAGACUCAGAGGUGCAGGGAAUGGUUCACCUGGAGCUGCGUCUCAGUGAGGUCAUCACAGACAGCGGAGUCGUCUGCCACAAGCUGGCAACACGGGUUCUGGAGUGUCAGGAUCUGCCGAUAGUGAAUAACCAGUGUGAUCCGUAUGCCGCCGUCUCGUUACUCGGCUCCUCCAGCUCAGCCAAGAUAGAGGAAGAGCUAAUCAUAGAUGUGACCAAACCGCUGAGCUACACCAAACGCCAGUUUGACGUGGAAGAGGACGACGUGGACAAGCUCGCGCUCAAGGUGGAUCUGUGGAACGCCAGCAAUCUGAAGUUCGGAGAUGAGUUUCUGGGAGAGGUACGGGUGCCGCUGAAGGUGCUGGGACAGUCGGGUGUUCACGACGCAUGGUACUUCCUACAGCCCAGAGAUAACGGCUAUAAAUCGGUGAAGGCUGAUGAGCUGGGCUCGUUACGACUCAACAUCGUUUACACGGAAGACCAUGUGUUCCCCACGGAGCAUUAUAACCCGCUCCGAGACCUGCUGCUGCAGUCGGCGCACAUCGAGCCCGUCUCAGCGUCCGCGGCUCAUAUCUUGGGCGAGGUGUGUCGUGAGAAGCAGGAGGCGGCUGUUCCUUUAGUGCGACUUUUCCUGCACUACGGCAAAAUCGUGCCUUUCCUCAGUGCCAUCGCCCACGCCGAGAUCAGCCGCACGCAUUUACGAAAACUUAUCUGCACAGACCACAAACCCUGCGAGAUCGACCCCGUCAAGCUGAAGGAGUCCGAGAACUUGGACACCAACAGGGAAAACUUGCGUCAGUACGUGGACCGGAUCUUUAACGUGAUCACCAGCUCGGGUGUGAGCUGCCCGACGGUCAUGGGUGACAUCUUCUUCUCGCUGCGAGAGUCUGCGGCGUCACGCUUCGAGGUUGACCCGGAUGUGCGGUACACAGCUGUUAGCAGUUUCAUCUUCCUCCGUUUCUUUGCUCCCGCCAUCCUCUCUCCAAACCUCUUCCAGCUGCGUCCUCAUCACCCGGAUCCGUACACGUCUCGGACGCUGACGCUCAUUUCCAAAACCAUCCAAACUCUGGGAAGCCUGGCCAAGUCCAAAUCUGCCAAUUUCAAAGAGUCCUACAUGGCUGCGUUCUACGACUACUUCAACGAGCAGAAGUACGCAGAUGCAGUGAAGAACUUCCUGGAUCUGAUCUCGUCCUCGGCCCGCUGGGAUCAGAAGAGCAUCGAGACGCCCAUCAUGCUGAAGGAAGGGAGCGUUAAACUCCUUAUUAAGAGGUUUGAUGCCAAAGGCUCUGGCAGGUUCAUGAUCAAACGAGCUCAAGGACGAAACCGCUUCGGUCUGAAGAACUUCAAGAAGAGAUGGUUCCGCCUGACCAACCACGAGUUCACCUACCACAAAACCAAAGGUAACGCAAAAGGAGAGGGCGCUCUGUGCAGCAUCCCUAUUGAGAACAUCCUGGCUGUAGAGAGACUCGAGGAAGAGUCCUUCAAAAUGAAGAACAUGUUCCAGGUCAUCCAGCCGGAGAGGGCGCUCUACAUCCAGGCCAAUAACUGUGUGGAGGCGCGCGACUGGAUCGACAUCCUGACCAAAGUCAGUCAGUGUAACCGCAAGCGUCUGAGCACUUACCACCCGUCGGCGUUCCUCAACGGACACUGGCUUUGCUGCAAGCUGUCUGCGGACUCGGCUCCCGGCUGCACGCCAUGCACAGGGGGACUUCCAGCCAACAUCCAGCUGGAUGUAGACGGAGACCGAGAGACGGAGCGGAUCUACUCGCUCUACAGCACAUACAUGGCCAAACUAGUCAAGAUGCAGGAGGCCUGUGGCAGUAAGUCUGUGUACGACGGUCCUGAGCAGGAAGUACAAACGAGACAAGUUCAGGAAAACCAAGUACGGCAGCCAGUGAGGAACAUCCAAUCGGUGAUCAGAGCUUCCAGUGCUACAUCCGCCAGCAGUCAGAAAGCUCCACCUACUCCAUCUGACCACACCCACUGCAGACACCGCGCCGUCUCCACGGCAACAGUGGCGUCUCAGACAGGAAAUGGCUGA